AGCCCGUGCGCUCUUUCAAAAGAGAACGGCCGGGGCUUCCGGCGGGCCUUCACGUCCGCCCUGGAGCCGCACGGAGCGCGGAGCAGCAGCGCGCAGUGCUCACUUGAAGCCUGGAGGAACAUCGCCAUGGCAGCUCAGAUGUCCGAUGCUCAUCGACGGUUCUUGCAGAUCCUGAUGUCACAUGGGAUCAUGGAGGGAGCAGAGGCCAGGAAAUUACACAGGCGCUGCUGUGAAAUCAGUAAAGUCUACUGUGCACAAGAUAAACUGGAUGAUUUCGUCAGUACCAUCAACAACCAGCUACAGCCUUUGUUCAUGCAGAUCCGGAAAGGAAUGUCUGAAGUUGAUGGGAGAACGCAUUAUGCCUUGGUGAACAUGGCAGAAACUGAAAUUACUAAGAUGGCAUCUGACUAUGCAGAAAAUGAACUAGAAUUGUUCAGAAAAACAAUGGACCUAAUCAUUUUAUCAGAAAAUGGCUUUGCCUCUUCUACGGAUAUUUUAAACUGCGCUGACCAACUGAAGACAAAGAAAAUGAAGAAAAAGGAAGCAGAACAAGUGCUGAAAAUUUUUGUGGAUGAUAAGUGGCUCUCUGAGAGAGAUGGGGAAUAUACUCUGCAUACUCGCUGCAUAAUCGAGAUGGAACAGUACAUUCUCAGCACCUAUCCAGAUAUAGCAAAGAAGUGUAAUAUCUGUCACAGCCUUGCCAUCCAGAGCCAAGCGUGUGAAACGUGUGGAACUGGGAUGCAUUUACCUUGCAUUGGAAAGUACUUCAAAACUCAGUCUAAACCACGGUGUCCUCAGUGUAAUGAUUUCUGGCCUUAUGAGAUCCCAGACAGGAGUCGGAUAGAUUCCCAGUCAUCAUCAAAAAGAGGGAGCAGAAGAGAGCUUCAGUCUUUGUAGCUUCAGCUGAAGUUAGCAAAACUUGCUUUUAGUGAUUUUUGUUUUCCCAUUCUCUGGCAGAAUAGCCAGACUGCACUGUAUUCAGAAGUGACAGUGCACUGUUAAAUGUAUUUAUUUUUUCUAGAGUUUUAAGAAACUUACAAUAAAACUGUCUUUGACCUUCC